GCAGCAGAUCACGCAUCUGCGGCAUCAGAAUUGGCAGAGGCAGGAUCCAGGAGUUGGCGUGAAUGGUGUUGGUGUUUGGCGAGCGACUCUGGUCCGGCCGCCCACGUUGCUUCUACCUGGAGAUCUGGGGAUUGGCACUGGUCCGGCCAAUCGGGGUGCGUUGACCAGUGGAAAUGGCCGCAAAUGAGUGCGGGUUGGCUGCAUCCGAGUGGCUGCUGGUCCGGCCACCCAGGAUGCACUGUCGAUGUAGAUGGAGAUGGAGCGCUGGCCAGAGUCAUCUGUAUUGGCUGGCCUCGUCGUUGCAUUCCCGCUGCUGUUUUGUGAUGAUGAUGGCGUGACGUCAUGGCCAUCGGUUGCCGGCAGCGUAAUCGGAGGGGCUUCCGAAUUGGGCCCAACUUGCAACACAAUGUUGCGGUUGGUGGCGAGGCAGGUACUGGAGAGGCUGAUCUGUGAGUGUAUUGUCAGCGGCAGCCUGGAUGUUGAUGGCGACGACGAUAGGGCCUUCAAACUUCGCCCAUUUGGCAGGAAUUGGAUGGCGAAAUUGACGAGGCACCUGCUGGAGAGGCAUCUCUAUCGGAGGCGUGGCAGCGGCAGCCUGUGGACUGGAUGUUGUUGGCGACGGCGAUAGGGCCUUCAAAUUUCCCCCAUUUGGCAGAAAGUGGAUGGUGAAAUUGGUGUGACAACUGCUGGAGAGGCAGCUCUAUCGGAGGGGUGGCAGUUACGUAUGUUUUGUGUGUAUUU